ACCGCGAUGACGGUGUUCGCCGCACAUAUGCGCCAUCGCAUCUUGACCGAAACUCCCAUCUCUGCACAGUCUUUGCAUACCAAACGAACCUAGAAAUGUCCGCCUCAGACGACUCUCUGGCUUCUUGGGCGCAGGCGCGCCUAGCGAAUGUGUACGAAUACGCCCCCGACACGGAGGCGCAGAAUCUUGUCUCGAAUUUCGACACAGCGCUCUCACCGAGGGCGGAGAUCUUCCUGAACGAUAAGCCCGUGGAAUACGAUGAGUAUCGGAAGGAUAUGACGGAGAGGAAGGCGAUGGCGAAUAGGGCGAAGGUGGAGUUCAAGGAUGUGAUCGAGGUGCUGGACGAGAACAAGCGAACCGGCCUCGUUGCAGGCACCAUCGUCGUGACCAGACAGUCCAAGCUGAGGAUUCGCGCAGCGCCCGCGACACACUUCAACACCAUUGUAUUCCAUGCCAGGGUAUCUGAAGAGGAGGAUGCCGGCGAAGACGGACGGCGCAUCACCCACCUCAGGCUCAUCUCAGCCACCAAGGCUGCGCCGAUCAAUCUUGUUCACCCUCAUUAGACGUCGAACACCCGAAGCUCGGGGUAGGGACUCACAAGUGUACCAGUAUGUUCAAUUAGGCCAAUUGAAUCGUGGAACAGUCUAGCUUGCGAGAAUGCGGACCUGACGGUGAC